AUGACACGUAGAACUAGCCCCAGCGAAGACGACUGGCGAAACGUUGAAAACGCGAGGGAAAGGAAGAAAAUCCAAGAUAGAUUAGCGCAAAGAGCACGACGUCAACGGCUUCGCGAAGCAAAGAACAAUGCGAAACGGAAAAGUGAGGAAGAUGAAACGCGGAGAGGAGUCGGCACGCAGCACCAGGGGAAGGUAUCCAGCGCCCUCAGACCUGGUGCCGAUUGUUGGCUUGCCACUGCUUCCAACGCUCUCGAAAUGGCACCGCUGAUGCCGGAUGCGGACUCAAGUACCUCUUCGUCAUCAGCCUCGCCGUCAUCAGCAUUUGAGGAUUUCCUGCCGUACCACCUUGCAAACAUCAACCUGCCGGGGUCCCUUACCAAUCCUCUGCCGACAAUUGAAUGCUCAUCAAUUCCACCCGAGUACCCUUUGACCUUUUACGGCGCGCUGUACAUCAAUGGAAUGUACUUGAGGAUUCCCUGUAGCACCGUUGUGCCUGCGAAAUCCGAUCCGGUUGGCCCGGAUGUCCCAGCACCGCUACGACCAACGGAGCUGCAGCUUAUCACCAUACAUCCGCGUUGGAUAGAUCGCUUUCCAUUUCCAAAGAUGCGCGACUCCCUCAUAUCUCUCAGUGGUGUGAUUGAUGACGAAGAGUUCAUGAAGGACUUAGCGCUGAUGCCGAGUUUCGAAAUCAUCCAGGGCAAGGCACCCUGGGAUCCCAAAGCGUGGAGGAUUAAGAAACCAUUCGCUCAGAAAUGGGGCUAUCUCUUCUUUUGA